AUGCUGGACGAAGACGGUAUUCAUAUCCCUAUCCUCAUCGUGGCCAAAACGUUAGAGAGCGACGAAGUAUUUGAGUUUUAUGGUCCCGAAUGUACCGGUGACUUCCUAGCGUUCAUGGAUGAAUUGGUGUACGGUCCGGAGGAAAAUCUACGAAUUAUGUAUUCUUUUGAUGGGCACUGGCGGAAAUGUGUCAUGUCCCCAGAUUCCAUCGUCAUUGAACCGGAAAACGGCUGGGAAGGUGCCACACCCAACCAUUCCCACGUGGCCUCAGAAUGGUUGCUCUGGACCGAGCGAAACCUAGGGACGAGAAUACAACAUGCGAGAAACGGUGGAGAAUACAGCAUUCCUUACGGUUCGAGAGUCUAUAGUGUAGACGGAUACGAUGCACAAACUCGUACCGUCUACGAAUUCCAUGGGUGCCUGUUCCAAGGCUGUAGAGAGUGUUUCCCGCAAGGAAACCAGAUUCCCUUCUCUUCCGCUGGUCUCACGGUAGAAGCGUGGCGACGUCAGACGACCCAGAAAACUGCCACAUUACAAAGAUUGGGGUAUACCGUCGUUAAAAUGUGGCAGUGUCAAUGGGAAAAGCUCAAGAAAUCGUCUCCAGACCUCCGCAACCUUACUCAGUCUCUCUCUUUAACCACACUCCUCCAUCCGCGUGAAGCCUUCUUUGGUGGACAAACUGGUUCGACCACACUUUAUCACCGCAUAGACCUCACCUAA